CAUCACUCCACCUGCAACUGCUCAGCAGACAUGUGCCUCGCCGCAGCAUGUCGAGGCCUUCUCACGCCACCCCCAAGAUUGCGCAGAUUGUUGAAAUAGAACCGAUCUCAGUAUCUCGGAGACUGUGGGAGUGCACGAGCCAAUUGAUCAUAACAAAAUGUCCUCGGAAACCCCCAAGCCAGCUUCCCGGGUUGCUAUUGUCGGCGUUGGCCAGGUCGGCGCCGCUGCCGCCUAUGCCCUUGUCCUUGGCUCGGUGACGAGCGAACUCCUCCUGGUGGAUAUGAAGACAGACACAAGGGACAGCCAGGUCCGCGAUCUAUCCGACGUCGUCUACGGCAGCAAUAGCGGCACCAGUGUGCGAGCCGCGACGUACCAUGAGGCAGGCCAGUCCGACAUUGUGGUUAUCACCGCUGGAUCAAAGUAUUCGCUAGGUGAAACCAGUAUACAACAUAUGUACCGAAAAAUGGGGAUUAUUCAGAGCGUCAUCAACGCCAUGCGGCCCUUCAAGCCAGACACCAUCUUGCUCGUGGUAGCAAACCCUGUGGACCUCCUCACAUCCUUUGCUCAGAAGCUGUCCGGGCUUCCUCCAUCGCAAGUGCUGGGCUCCGGAACCCUCCUUGAUUCCGUACGGCUUCGCGGAAUGUUGGCAGACAAAGCCGGGGUUGCGGCCAGUUCAAUAGACCUCUAUGUGUUAGGCAUCCAUGGAGAUUCACAGGUCGUCUCCUGGUCGACCGCGACAAUUGGCGGCGUCCCUGUUGACAAAUCUCUCCCCGACACGAUCGACCACAAGGAGCUGGAAAAUGAGUGCAAGAAUAGAUCACGAAGCAUUGUCCGGGCUAAAGGGUCAACGCCUUUUGGAAUCGGCUAUGUCGUGUCCAGCAUCUGCUCUUCUAUCCUCUUGGAUAAGCGCAAUGUGCGUCCUGUCAGCCAUUUCCGGCCUGAAUACGGAUGCUGUUUGAGCUUGCCCGUGGUCCUAGGCAGGCAAGGAAUUGUAAGGGAGAUCGAUCCGCUGCUGAGCUCUAGUGAGAAGAAGGAUAUAGCCGAGUCGGCGAAGUCUCUCAAGGAGUCCAUUGAUCGGAUCCAUGAGAAUCGUGUGUAGAAUUGCAGCGGUAUAUUGAGUCGCGAGUCUUAUUCUUCUCCAUAUACUUCUACGAUAAUGACACUUUCAAAUUCAU